UUCCAGGAGGUCACACUAAGGAAAUUCUGACACUGAUGAGUGGUUUGGGCGAGCAUUAUACUCCCAGGUACUAUGUAAUGGCUACCACUGACAACAUGAGUGAGGGAAAGGUUCAUGACUUUGAAACCAAAAGGAGCCAGGGCAAUUCAAAAAAUUAUGAAAUCCACAAGAUUCCACGUAGUCGGGAAGUAAAACAGUCGUGGAUAACAACUGUUCUAUCCACAUUAGGUGCCACUCUGGUCUCCUUUCCACUGGUGUUUAAACUCAAUCCAAACAUUAUUCUCUGUAAUGGUCCAGGAACCUGUAUACCAAUCUGUAUAGCUGGAUUAUUCCUUAAGGUAAAAUAAACAAUUAACAUUGUAAUAUAAU